AUGGCGGAUCUGCGAACCGCGCUGGUGCUGGGAGGAGGCGGCUGGGUGGGCUCAGCGCUGGUCCUGGAAUUGCUGCAGCGCCGUGAGGAGUUGGGUCUGCGCUGCGUGGUGGCUGCCGAUCUCCCGACGGCUCCCUGCAGCGCUUGGCUUCGGAGUCGGGCUCGGGCGUUCGUCGAGGAAGGUGUUCUGGUGGAAGCCCAGUUGGACGUGACGGAUGCUUCCGCUGUACGUGGGAUCCUGGAGCGCUUCCCGCCCAGAGCCGUCUUCAACUUGGCUGCAGCCAUCGACGUGAGGCCUGAGGCGCCUGCCGGGCGUUUGGAGGAGGUCAACGCCCAGGCGCCCACGAACCUGGCGAGAGCGGCCGCGGGCGCCGGUGCGGUGACCUUCAUCCAUGUCAGCACGCUGGAUGUGAGCUACACCGGCCGCGGGCACCGAACUCAGACUCCUCAUCCUCCCGAGGACCUGCAGCUCACGUCGCCCAUCGCCUACGUACGCAGCAAAGCCCGCGGAGAGCGCUUCCUCGCGGACUUCGCCCAAGGCCUCUCGUCGAUGAACACCGUUGUCCUGAGGCCUGGGCACAUCUACGCUCCGCUGGAGGGAUCAGCGCGCUGCGCCGGGGAUGCCCUUGCAGGCUUCCUUCGACUCUUCCCUCCUCUGCAGAUUGGCUGCCCCAGCGUGCAGAUGUCCAUGGUGUCGGUUGAAACCGUGGUGGAGGCGAGAAUUGAAAGGCAGCACUCCGUGCAGCACAGCGGGCAUCGCAGUGCCGCGGUCGGUGUCUAG